AUGAGUGCCCAAUUUGACGAAUUGCAAAUGUGCCGAAUGCUUUGCGCGAAUCGGCUACGACGUCUCGAGCGAUACAAAAAAGCGAAAAGUUUCUGCAGUCUUGACGAGGAGAACGCCGGGGAGAAUUUGCUGAUGAGCUACCAGGGACGAGUGCCUGAAUUCGGUCUCAACUCCACCUCGAUGACCGAUUUAUUGUCCCCAGCCUCAUCAAAUGCCGUUUUCGAGGUUCUACACGAGAAAAUGAGAUCCCUUCUCGAAAACGAUAUGUCGCUGAUGCAACAAUUGGUGUCAUUGUCGGAUAAGGUUAACGAGUUGAAAGUGGGAAUGAGACGAGCGAGAAGCGAACGGAAAUUGUCUGGCGGGAAUUCGAGUGAAGAUGAAGAGGAGGCGAGACCGAGGAGUGAGGAACCGCGAAACGGUGAGGGCUCAGCGGUGACGACUCUCUACGUCGACAACGAAGCACCGCAAUACUUUUCGAGGAAAAACUCCGUGCUCCGUAUUCCCAUUCCGCCACGUGCCAGCAAUCGCUUCAAUCGGAGACCGGCUCGUCGUGUUCCCUCGGACGCUCUCCGGGUGCAAAUCCAAAAUGGUACAACGAGUUUGCGCGAGGAUCGCGAGGAAGAAGAGGAAACGAUUCGGUCAGAUCGAUCCGAUCACCCUGAGGAUCCCCUCUCAUCGCCAGCGUUGACCUAUUCGCAUUCUUCGGCCAGCAGCUGUGCUAGUGUGAGUCAAAAGAAGACGCGUUCCUCGCAUUCUUCCAUCGACUCAGCCCUUCCACCAUCGCCGACCGUCGAAUCUGAU